AUGGUUGAAUUCCGGAAGAAGUUGAGUGGAUACAAAGAAAAGAUCCUCAAAAAGCUUACCUUGACGGAAGCGCAAAGAAAAGAGCUCACGGAACGAUUAAAGCUGUUCAAAAGGAAAACAACUGAUGUGGUUUCACAAGCGGGAGACUCCAUUGAAGAGAUCAACAUUAGAAGCCAAAUAGCCAGUGCUUUGUUCCAGGGAGAUAUGGUUCUUUCCAAAGAGCAACAAGAUCAGAUUGCUGCGGACGUGAGUGGUACACGUUCCAAGCGGCAAGCGUACAACGACAAAACUUAUCCUGGCAGAAGAUGGUCAAAGGGGGUUCACUACUUCUUCGAUAAGGGCAUAAGUGAGGAGGUCAAAAGUGUGUUCAAAAAAGCGGCAGACCAGUGGAUGAACAACACAUGUAUUGACUUCACGCCAGGCGAAGAUGACGACAGCAUUCGUGUAAUCGAAGAGGACGGAUGCUGGUCAUACGUUGGUAGACUUGGCGGUAAGCAGAACCUGUCACUCGGCUCAGGCUGCGAAUCGGUCGGAACAGCUGCCCAUGAGAUUGGUCAUGCACUUGGUUUCUUCCACACGCAUUCAAGACAUGAUCGUGACAAGUAUAUCACAGUAGACAAAGAAAAUAUUAAGCCUGACUGGCUUGACCAAUUCUUACUGGAGACGACUGCAACCAAUAACAAUUACGAUCUAACAUAUGAUUACGGAAGCCUGAUGCACUACGGAACAACAAGCAUCAGGCAAUAUAUGAUUCUUAGCGCCUCUCGCAACGAAAAACCUACUAUGGUACCUACUCCGGAUGCACGGUACGGAGAAACUCUGGGAUCUCCUUUCAUUUCCUUCUAUGAUUUGCUUAUGCUCAACAAGUACUACAAUUGCACCGACGCAUGCAAAGGAACGAAGACGGUGUGUCAGAAUGAAGGAUUCCCACAUCCUCGCCGUUGUUCAGAAUGCAUUUGCCCAAGCGGGUAUGGUGGAAAGCUCUGUGAGAAAAAGCCGGACGAUUGUGGUAGAGAAGUGGAGGCGACGGACACAUGGAGUAAACUUGUAGACAGUGUAGGCGAAAACACCACUUUCACUGCGCGUGAAGACUUCAAGAAAUGCAAUUACUGGAUCAGGGCGAAACCUGGAAAAAAGAUCGAAGUCAAACUUGCUUACUUCCCUGCUUCACUAGCCGUCGAUGGAUGCAAGUAUGCCGGCGUUGAAAUCAAAACAGAUCCAGACAAGCGUCGCACCGGUUACAGGUUCUGCUCGAAGGACGCUAUUGGCACUAUACUGAAAUCGUCUUCUAACAUUGUCCCUGUAAUAACCUACAACAGACUCUACUUCACCGAAACGGAACUGGAAUACCGCGCCGUCGAUUGA